GCUCCCCAGGUCUACAACGACCUACGUACACACUGGACUCGGAAUCCCCGACCGGACGCAUACUACAGUUUAAGCCCAUCGAUGGGCUAUGAUGCUAUCUUUCUUCUUCUGGUUGCAUGAAACGUAAAAAGAGUCGACACAAGCAGCUUGCCUUAGAGUUUCUAUCGAACAUUUCUCUAGAUGGCAGUAAUGGAUCUCACGUCACACACGAGGAUGUUCCACGGGCCUCGCUGCGUGGUCGACCCCUCAAUCCUCCAAUUCUACCCCAUGGCUGUCCUUACGACUCUGUUGUCAAGACGACCGCCAAAACGGAUGAACAUGACAUUCACGUAUCUAGUUCGUACAAACUCCUUCCCCAAUGUCAAGCAAAUACCACUCCGUCAAUUAUCAUACCAUACAACGUUAGGACUGCCGGUGAAAUCGCUCAGUCGGAUGUCAGAACUGCUUCUUCAGUUACGACGGGACGGCGUACAAGUGCCAUUCAGGUGCCACCGACGACUAACGGUCGGACAUCGAGCUCCGAGCAAGUUCACUCACUAACCGUCGAGUCUACCGCCUCAAAAGUUUUACUCAACCGCAGGCCAUGCAUCAGCGCCCGGGGUUCGGUUGAUUGCAAAACGUUUUCCAGCAUUCUGAACAACGUUCCCUGUAGACGGUUUUCAGUGCGUCCUCCAGGGUUUCCAAAUUCGUCCAUGGCUGUUUUCUCCGUUAUUGCGUACAAUCGAAACUCCAGCACAACAAAGCCGAGAACGAGCUAUCCCCGCGUCCGUCGUUCACUUGGAUCGGCUACGGGGGCUCCGAACGAUGCCGAUUCCGGACCACUAGGCACCACACCACCGAAGCUUAUCAUUAAUGGGCUUUUUGGGUCUUCCUCAGCGGGAUUGGAUCCUUCUCAUCUCCUAUCUUCCUUUCGCUGUGUUGGCGACGAAGUCAAAUCGUUUGCGCAGUUUUUACAGUCGCGCCACACCUCUAACUCGUUUCAGUACAAUCCACCAGGUACAUCGCCGCUUGGCCCCAUACUUCCAUUUACAGCGGAGCCAGUCCCAUAUGGGUCGGCUACCCGUAGUCACGAAUCCGCCAUAUCUACUUCAACAGGGAACACCUUAGAACCUCUAUUUAAAUCAGGUCAUGCCAUAUCCAACGCAAUUUGUUCCAUUCCCCCUCGUCGAUCACAACUUUGGCAUGCUUUCCAUUCCACCUCGUACUGGUCCAAGUAUCCUGCUCGAUAUCGAGACUCCAACGGUAGCAGCGGCGUCCCAGGUGGCGGCAGCAGCACGUAUAAUGGGAGUUGCGGCGCAUCCACUGCAAUUCCCUAUCCUGAUCCGUUGCUGCACUACAAUCCCUCUCUACUAGAUGACCCGGAGUUAUUCGUGGUUAUCAGAAGACGCGUGUUUCCUUUAUCCAGUUAUCUUACAAGUGUGCUUACGUAUGUGCGGCCUUCGGAAGAGAAAAAGUCUGUUAAUCGUCAGUUCGCUGAACGAUUCCCCCUGAUCCAACUCAGUUUGACCAAACUUCGCAGCCUCAAAGCAUUUAUGGUCCAAGUGAUAUUUAACCUCUCGUAUGACAUUUGGAUCGCCGCCCACGCACACGUUCUGUUCGAGAAAUUGGUAUUGAAGUUGUUUAUAGGCAAAUCGAACAGACGAGCGUGUGCCGCGGCUUCUCUCCUAAUAAGUGCCAAAUUGAAUGAUAUCAAGGGAACCGAACUGACCGCUCUGAUUCAAGAACUAGAGAGCCACUGUCGUGUUGCUCGCCGGGAUCUGUUUCACGCCGAACUGGACGUUUGCUUGGGCCUGGAAUUUUGCCUCGUGCCUCCGGAUUCAGAAAUCUUACCCCAUUAUUUGAGUAUCUGCAAGCGACUAGAUCUAACACCUCCAAAUCCGAUUCCACAUUUUAGCUAUGCACAGCGUUAAUCAUUUGUGCAUUUUUAUCUGGUGAAUCUACUUAAGCUCUGUUGUUACUGCUCCCGCUCCUAUCGUUGUCUUCAUUUUACUUUAUUAAUGCAUGGUAUAUCAAUCAAAUCUUUUUCCGCAUUUUGCCUUCUUUGUUACUCUACGUAUAAAUCGAUUUUCCAACUUUUUAAUUCCAUUGCUUAGCUCUACCAUACAUUUAUCCCUAGUACAUGCCGAAUUACUGGCGAUUCUCAAUGCCACUGUUUUCGCUCUUGCAUUGAUCCGCCAUGUUAUACUGCCACUUACGCUUUCGUUUGCAAGCAACCCUUGGCAGUUUUAACUUUUUAUAUUUCUCAACAGUUUAUUUUGCAAUUGAACCGACUUCAUGAUAACAAACGACUUAUUCCUUCUUUAGUAAGUCAAGACCCUCACUGAAGAUGUUCCUUGAUGUUGCUGUACUGUACAUUACCACUUAUAGGCGACUGAUUAUUUUCCCUGUAAUUAGGCAAGAAGGUGCAUUCUGAC